AUGGGGCCCCCGGGCAAUAGGGGAUCAUGGGGCCCCUGUGUCCUUGCCCAAACUCAAAACACACCUAAAAAAGCCUAUAAAAAAAGGUACCAGGGGCAUUUUAUGGGGCCCCUUACUGACCCUGGGCCCUCGGGCAGUGCCCAAGUGCUCGAAUGGUCAGUACGCCCCUGGAUUCUUUGAAUUGUUUUAAAAGGGUAAACUGGUUAUUGUGGGCAACAGUUACCGUUUUCCUCCAGUUUUUGUAAAUGAUCCCAUCAGUGAUACUUUUUUUUAUGUUUUGCAUAUUUUUGUUUCUUUAUUGUAUUUUUAACAUAUGCAGCGGUUCAAUGUAUUUAUUCAAUCCACCUGCUGCCAAGCUGGUUCUAGCAUA